CCUAAAAAAAGUAGCCGCCUCUAUCAUUGAAGGAGAAGGAGAGAGAAAUGCAGAAUACACAAUCAUUCAAAGGGAGGAACAUGUGUUCUCACGCAUGGAAGCUAUGGAUGUCUACAGCGGAAUCAAUCAGUAGAAGAAAAAAAGAAGAUAUAAAGUUUUGCAAGCUGAGGUUGGUGAGCUGAAAAACUUGAAAGUUCUUGAAGACUAUAACAUGCUCAUUCCGGUUCCUAGUACUAAUUGCAUUGGAAAUUGAAUAAUGGAUGAGCAGCAAUUUUGAAAUAAUAAAAAAUUAUAUAAAUUGUAUUAGAAAUUGAAUAAUGGAUGAACAACAGUUUUGAAAUAAUUAAAAAAUUAUAUAAAUUGUAAUAGAAUAGCAUUUGUUUUUCUAAAGCUAAGCAGAAUUAUAUUUAGUAGACUGCACACUAAAAAGAUAAUAUAUCUCGAUUCAUACAAAAACAGAGCUCUAAAUUGAGCUAACUAAAUUUUACAAUAAGGUAUCAAAAUUUAAGCCAAGAUGUUGACCACAUAACAGUUCCCACCAAAACAGUCAUCAAUAGCAAUCUUAUUAUUUUUAAGACAACUCUCAGUUCUCACCAAAACAGUCAUCAAUAGUAAUCUUAUUAUUUUUAAGACAACUCUCACUUUAUAUUAGUAUAGAUGAGAUUUACAUGAUUAUUUUUUCUACAAUUAUCAUAUUAAUAUAGUAAUUUGAGUUGGUAUGGAAUAUGGAUGGAGAAUUGGUAGGAUGAGAUGAGAAAUGGUGUGACACUUGAAAAUUACUGUUGUAUCCUCAACUCCCUUCUUUAACCCCAACGCCCAAAUCUCAAUCUCUCUAUCUCUCACCAGCAAGCAAUGAAGCUGCACUUGAAAAUGGUAGCCUGUAUUAAUCCCCACCCUUAAUCAUUAAUUAAUUAAUCCUCUCCCAUUUAAUUAAUUCAUUCCCCUCCAUUCCAUUCUCACAACCCCCAUUUUCCACUUUCUGCAACAAUGCCGGGUUUAGUCUCCGUCAAGACGCCGCCGGACGCGCUGCCGCUGCGAAUCACCGUCCCCGAAGACCAGCACCACACUCCCAUCCAGGCGCAACCCAUCAGAUCCGACCCCAAAUCCAGCUCCCCAGCCACGCGCCGCCCUCCCUCCCCUUCCCCCUCCACCUCACGCGCCAAGCCCUCGCCGGAUCGGGGCUCCGCCAAGAAGAAAUCCCCGCCCGAGAAGAACCUCCUUAACGAAUCCUCCCUGGACAACCCGGAUCUCGGCCCCUUCCUGCUCAAAUUGGCGCGGGACACGAUCGCGUCCGGCGAGGGCCCCACCAAGGCCCUGGACUACGCGCUGCGGGCCUCCAAGAGCUUCGAGAUAUGCGCCGUCGACGGCGAGCCCAGCCUGGAUUUGGCCAUGAGCCUGCACGUGGUUGCGGCGAUCUACUGCAGCCUCGGGAAAUUCGAGGAGGCUGUGCCGGUGUUGGAGAGGGCGAUCAAGGUGCCGGAGGUGGCGAGGGGUGCGGAUCACGCGCUCGCGGCGUUUUCGGGGUAUAUGCAGUUGGGGGAUACGCAUUCCAUGCUGGGGCAGCUGGAUCGGUCGAUUGAGUGCUAUAAAGAUGGCCUCAAAAUUCAGAUGGAGGCCUUGGGUGAAAAUGAUCCCAGAGUUGCAGAGACCUGCAGGUACUUGGCGGAGGCCCAUGUUCAAGCCAUGCAAUUUGAUGAAGCUGAUAAUUUAUGCAAAAAAACUCUAGAAAUCCAUCGAGUGCACAGCCCACCGGCAUCCCUUGAGGAAGCAGCAGACCGUCGAUUGAUGGCCCUCAUAUGUGAGGCUAAGGGUGAUUAUGAAGCAGCCUUGGAACACCUUGUACUUGCCAGCAUGGCUAUGAUUGCCAAUGGACAAGAAAAUGAGGUUGCAGCUAUAGAUGUUAGCAUUGGCAAUAUCUAUUCAUCUCUUUCCCGCUUUGAUGAAUCAGUUUUCUCCUAUCAGAAGGCACUCACUGUUUUCAAAUCUUCUAAAGGAGAUAACCACCCUUCGGUGGCCUCGGUCUUCGUCCGGCUUGCUGACCUGUACUACAAGACAGGAAAAUUAAGGGAGUCCCGAUCUUAUUGUGAAAAUGCUCUGAGAAUAUAUGCAAAACCUGUACCUGGAACAACUUCAGAAGAGAUUGCUAGUGGGAUGACAGAAAUUUCAGCUAUUUAUGAAUUGUUCAAUGAACCUGAAGAAGCUUUGAAGCUCCUACAGAAGGCCAUGAAACUAUUGGAGGAUAAACCAGGGCAGCACAGUACAGUAGCUGGAAUUGAAGCACGAAUGGGAGUGAUGUAUUACAUGGUUGGAAGGUACGAAGUAUCAUGGGGCUCCUUUGAAAGCGCUGUAGCAAAACUUAGAGCCAGUGGUGAGAGGAAAUCAGCUUUCUUUGGUGUUGUGCUGAACCAAAUGGGUUUGGCUUGCGUACAGUUGUUUAAGAUCGAUGAGGCUGCAGAAUUAUUUGAGGAAGCUAGAGAAAUAUUGGAACAGGAGUGCGGCCCAUGUCAUCAGGAUACUCUUGGUGUAUAUAGCAAUCUUGCAGCAACUUAUGAUGCUAUGGGAAGAAUCGAAGAUGCGAUAGAAAUUCUGGAGUAUGUUCUUAAACUGCGAGAAGAGAAACUUGGAACAGCCAAUCCAGAUUUUGAUGAUGAGAAGAAAAGGCUAGCGGAGCUGUUGAAAGAGGCCGGCAGGUCUAGAAACAAGAAGGCAAAAUCCCUUGAAAACCUUAUUGAUCCCAAUUCCAAAAGGAGUAAUAAGAAAGAGACGUCCAAGAAAUGGUCUGCAUUCGGCUUUAGAAGUUGAGUGUGGAUUUUAUUUUCUCACAGGUAACUAUAAUUUCAUACUAUUAUUUUAUAAGGUAGAAGAUUGUGAAUGGUGUUAAGUUGUAAUUUGUUGAGGCUUGUUGUUCCCAUGGCGUUUGAUUAGCAGUUUCAUCCUCUUUUCUUUUUAACUUUUCCUUCUAUUGUUUUAUUUGUUUCCAUUUGUUAAGUGAAUUGUGGGAAAGAAAUGUCACUUAUUAUCUCCAAAGUGUUUAGGUAA